UCGGACGGAGAAGAGACCCAAUCCAACCCCCCCGUCGCUGCCGAUGAGGUCGAGGUUUCGGCUGACGCCGGUGCCGGCGGUCAGAUGUCCGUCCUCGAUGCCCUCAAGGGUGUCCUCCGCAUCUCGCUGAUCCACGACGGUCUUGCCCGUGGUCUGCGCGAGGCCGCCAAGGCCCUCGACCGUCGCCAGGCUCACAUGUGUGUCCUGAACGAGGGCUGCGAGGAGGAGGCCUACAAGAAGCUCGUCGUCGCCCUGUGCUCCGAGCACAAGAUCCCCCUCAUCAAGGUUCCCGAUGGAAAGCUCCUCGGCGAGUGGGUUGGUCUUUGCCAGCUCGACCGUGAGGGUAACGCCCGCAAGGUCGUCAACUGCUCUUGUGUUGUCGUUAAGGACUGGGGAGAGGAGUCCCAGGAGCGCUCCGUCCUCCUUAACUACUUCCAGACUGAGCAGUAA